CACGUGUACAAUUAUGAGGUGUGCAGGACGACUGACUCCAGAAAGAGUGACAAUAAGUUCGGAAUAGCUGGUAGUCAGAACAUGUUGAUAAUGGAUUCCAGUUCUACAGGGACAAUGCAGCGGAUGCAAAGUGAGAAGAGCAUCCUGGAUGAACCCGACUCUCCUCUUGAGGUUAGCAUUCAGUGACCUAAAAAUAAUCUUUUUAAAUAUACAUGUUCUUAGAAAUUUUUCUCCCAGUUUCAUUUAUCUUUAAAAACAGAAUUUUUAUCAUUUCAAAACCUUUUGCACCAACUAUUUCCUUCAGCACCUUGGAGAGCAACAUUAUCAUAUUUUCUAUUAGCCAUACAAUGUGAUAAAGACUUUAUUUUCUUCGUUUUAAUUCUUACUUAUGCACUUUAUAUAAACUAGUUUUGCAGUUGAUUAUUUAGUCGUAGUUCUUCGUUUCUCUAUUUUUUUCUUACUUUUUUACUUUGCAUAAUACAUGUCAUGCAGUUUUCUUGUUUUGACUCAGUGGGCCGCUGUUGUCUGCUCCGUCGCAGUUACAAUAUUUAAAACGCAGCACCUCCUCUCCGCUUAGAUGUAUAAGAUUGAAGGGGACGGCGUUGACCGCUUUGUCUUCAUUUGGGAUUUUUUUAACACUACAACGACGGCAGGAUAUCUAUUUCCCACAUCAUUCUGAGGAUUGUUUAUCUGUUUUUUCUUCUUUCGUUGAAGCGGACGAUCAGGAGGGUGCACUGUUCUUUUACCGAUAUUUUCCUUACACAAUGAGACGGCAAGUCCUGUUGUUUCUAUCCAUUCUCCUUCUUAGAGCAGUAAUCAGUCAAGUCAGCUAUUCCAUUCCGGAAGAAAUGGCGAAAGGUUCGUUGGUUGGUAACGUAGCUCAGGAUUUGGGCUUGGAUGUUAAACGACUGAGGUUAGGAAACGGCCGUGUUUAUUCUGGUGAUAGCAGCGAUUACGUUGAGCUGAAUGCUGAGAGAGGAGUUCUCCUCGUCAAAGAAAGAAUAGACAGAGAGGCGCUAUGCGGUGACACAACGCCAUGCGCUCUGCAUUUUCAGAUUGUGCUGGAAAAUCCCAUGGAAUUUUACAGCGUAACUGUUGAAAUUACAGAUAUCAACGACAAUGCUCCGACUUUUGAAAAAACUGAAAUCAAAUUCAUGAUUAGCGAGACUGCAGCUAUUGGAGCAACAUUUGACUUAGAGAGAGCCGUGGAUUUGGAUGUUGGCAUUAACACCCUCCAAACAUACGUCCUUAAACCCACUGUUUAUUUUGUGCUGAAAUUACAGAAUCAGGCUGACGGUACAAAGAAUGUAGAAAUGGUAUUACAGAAACCUCUAGACAGGGAAAAAAAUGAGUUCAUUUCAUUGGUAUUAACAGCUGUUGAUGGAGGAGAGCCGCAGAUGACUGGAACAAUGCAGAUUCUCAUUACAGUGUUAGACGCGAAUGAUAAUGCGCCUGUUUUUACGCAGCCAGUAUACAAGGCGACUGUUAGUGAAAAUUCUGCAAAGGGCACCGUUGUGACCGCUGUUAGUGCCUCAGAUGCUGAUCAGGGUUUGAAUAGUAAGAUCACAUAUUCCAUAACAAGCACUAUGGAUGAAGUAAGGCAGAUUUUUGAAGUAAACGAAGAAAAUGGUGAAGUUACAUUAAUUGGGCGCUUGGAUUAUGAAAAGAAAAAGCUUUUUCAGAUCAAUGUUCGUGCAAGAGAUAAUGGAGGGCUAACUGAUUCAUGUAAAGUGAUGGUUGAUGUUGUAGACAUAAAUGAUAAUGAACCAGUCAUUAAAAUUAUGUCAAAAUCUACUGUAAUAUCUGAAAAUGCGAAUCCCAAUACAGUUGUUACGAUGAUUAAUAUCCAGGAUCCAGAUGCAGGUAAAAAUGGAAAUGUUCAAUGUUUUUUACAUGAGGACAUUCCCUUUGUUCUUAAAUUAACCACAAAUAAUUUCUACAGUUUGGUGACAGAAGGUGAAUUAGAUAGAGAGCGAGCCUCUGAGUAUAACAUCACAGUGACCUGCUCUGAUGAAGGA